GCAGCAGCAGCAGCAGCAGGCAGCUUGAGCGCGAGCUGCUCUUAGCCGUGUGUGAGAGUGUUGUCGCUUACGACACCUUAGUGUAAACAGCCAUGGCUGCCCUACGCAGGCUUAUCCCUUUACUCACUAACAGCUUCAAGACAGGGACGUUUACGACGCAGAAAGCAACGAAAGUGUUGAAAGUUGUCUCUGCAGGAACCGCCGCGGCCGGGGCUGCUUACUAUUAUUACUACUGCUGCUCGUACAGGCGCUCCGGCUUCAAGAGCCAUGUCGAGGCUCGACUCUUUCAUCUGGCGCUGCCAUCAGUCUCUGCCACGGAUAAGGCACGGACCUAUGGUUUGGACGAUGGAGAUGUGUACAUGUCGACCAAUGAAAACAGAUUUCGACAGUUCAGUUCGGUGGAGUACGAGGGCCAGUUCUACAUGACACCACUCAACUUCCUGGAGUCUGUCACUUUGAACGAAACAAAGAGCAGGAGAGCAUGGAAGUCCCUAACAAAAAAGGACUUAGACAAGAUGCUGGCUGAUACUCCGCCUGUUUGGAAAGGAUCAUCCAAUUUGUUUAGAAAUCUUCGUGAACGAGGUGUCAUCAGUUACACAGAGUACCUCUUCCUGAUCUGCAUUUUAACAAAGCCCCAUGCAGGCUUCAGGAUUGCGUUCAACAUGUUUGAUGCAGAUGGGAAUGAAAUGGUGGACAAAAAGGAGUUCUUGGUGCUGGAACAAAUUUUCCGUAAGAAGAAGGAGAGAAAGGAAGUUGACGACGUGCAUAGAUUUGAUCAGCAGAGCCUGCAGCUGUACGGUCAACCCAAAUCCCAGCCACACAGUGUUCUUAAAAAAGACAGUCAGCAUGUGGAGGCCCGAGGCAUGUGGGAUGUUCUCAGACGUGGCACAAGUCAAGUUCUGUUUUCUGAUCUCACUGAGCAUGUGGAUGAAAAGAUAGAGACAACGCUGCUGGUGCAUUUCUUUGGGAAGAAAGGCAAAGCCGAGUUGAAAUUUGAAGAUUUUUACGAGUUCAUGGACAACCUGCAGACAGAGGUGCUUGAGAUAGAGUUCCUCUCCUACUCUAAAGGCCUGCCCACCAUCAGCGAGGAAGACUUUGCUCGGAUCCUGCUUCGCUACACCAACGUGGACGAUGUCAGCGAGUACUUGGAGAACCUGCGCCACAGCCUGCCGGACGAAAAGGGAAUCACCUUUGAGGAGUUCAGGUCCUUCUUCCAGUUCCUUAACAACCUGGAGGAUUUUGCCAUCGCCAUGCAGAUGUACAACUUCGCCAACCGCGCCAUAGGUCAAGAGGAGUUUACCCGCGCCGUCUACGUGGCUACGAGCAUCAAGCUGACCCGCCACCUGGUCAACACGGUCUUCAAAAUCUUUGACCAGGACCACGACGGUAAACUCAGCCACAAGGAGUUCGUCGGCGUCAUGAAGGACCGGCUGCACCGCGGCGGCGGGGGUGUCAGGGUGGAGGAGAAGUUCACCACCUUUAAGUCCUGCAUGAAGAAGCAGCUUUCAGGCAAAUAGCAGGUGAAAACCCCUCCAUCAGUGCAUGUCUUAACUACGACGAGCUGUGCCUCCUAUCUGCGCUCACUACCAGGACUGAAGGGUUAAUGCAUGCUGCAGCAUCUUCUUGCACUAUGUAAGAAGCGUUUACACAAACAGGAUGUGGGGAAUCUGUUGCAAGCGGUCAAAAAUAGGAUAAUCAGUUUGUGUAACUGCUUAAAAGAUACUUAAAUAUUUAUUUAUUCAUCGACUUGUAAAUACAUUUAUCAGUUUAAGAUUGUUAACAAUUAUCUUAUUUAUUUAUCUAAAAGUCCAACUUUGUCUUACUACUGCUCUCCCAGUUUGAUCCUCCUUUUGUCCUGAGGCUCUGCAGCCACUCCACAGAUCAGCUCAGGACAGCAACCCCCCUCCUCCCCUCCUUUAUAUCCCCCUCCUCCUCUCUCCCUAAGCGCUGCAGCUAAAAUCCUCCCGGAUCUCCCAGAGCCGGCGCUGAACAAACCCACUCAAUCUGUGUGUCUUUUUUCACUGCUUAACUACAGGCAGCUAACAGUGUUAAUCAUUUCUUAACUUAUUAAGGACAAGUGCUAUUUCCAUGCCACUGGCAGGGAUAAAUAUAUCAAAGCCAUAUGCGUGUACCACUCUUGGGACACUCAUCUUAAAUACAUUUUUAGAAGCAAUAUAUUAAAAUCGUAUUCCCUUUACGCUCUGAAAAUAAUAGUUUUUCUUCUUCUUUAUAAAUAUAGUCCUGUGUACUUCUGUACAGUAUGUAACUGAGGGAUUCUGAAUGAUUGGUGUAAUGUUUGCUUUGAGUUGAGCUGAAAACGAUAGCAACAUGUUACACGCUAAUAUUACCAGACUAAUGUAGUUCUGUUUGGAUUCUUUAGUUUGCCUCUUUUAAAUCAGGCCUCGACUGUUACACUGAUGCAUUUUAAAAGGCAAGGUGCAAUAAAUAUCAUAUAAAACUUA